AUGGAAUUUGAUCAGUAUACGAAGCUGAUUCCUCUUACAUUCCUAUUAGGCUUCUAUGUAUCUAAUGUAGUUAUCAGGUGGUGGCGACAGUUUGAAUGCAUACCUUGGCCAGAAGAUCUAUUAUUACUGUUAUGUACGUUAAUGCCCGGUAAGGAUAUCAAGAGCCAACAACGGAGGCAUACUAUUGCUCGAUAUACCAACCUGACGGCAGCCCUAGUCUAUCGCGAAAUAUCUAGCACGAUUCGACGUCGUUUUCCGUCCUUAUCAGAUUUAGUGGAAAGUGGACUUCUCACUGAUACGGAACUGAAAUUGCUUAACGAAACCUCGCGAGACAUUAAAAAUGUACGGUGGAUGAUACCACUUCAUUGGGUGCAACAAAUUGUCAUGGAUGAAUUAAAUGAUAACGCACCUCCCCAAGCCAUUGUGAAUCAAUUCAUGCAGGAGUUAAGGGCCUAUCGGACAGCCUUCCGCAAACUAUUCUGCUAUGAUUGGGUGUGUGUGCCACUGGUUUAUACUCAGGUAGCAGCUCUAGCUACUUACACAUAUUUUGGCUUUUGCCUCAUAGGCAGACAAUAUCUGGAUCCGUCGAAGAAAUACAGGAAUCAUGAGGUGGAUCUCAUAAUCCCAAUAUUCACAAUCGUUCAGUUUCUUUUCUUCGUUGGCUGGUUCAAAGUGGGACAAGAUCUGAUGCGUCCUUUUGGCAUGGAUGAUGACGAUUUCGAGCUCGAUUAUAUCUUUGAGCGUAAUGUUGGCAUAUCUUUUGCCAUCGUUGAUCGACUUCAGAUGAACGAUUAUGAGCCGUUGCAAAAAGACAAAUUUUGGGUAACGGAUGGUUCUGUAAUAAUAUCAGUUCCGCGAACGGGCUUAUCUAAUCAACAUAAACAUCGAAAACCUACGAGACAUAUUCCCUCUUAUAAAGCGCUUGGGGACCGUGAUAUGGAAGGGAGAAAAACGCGAUGCAAUAUGUGGAAAAAAAAAUGGCAUGAACACGAGUAA